AGAAGCGAAGCUUAGAAGCGCUGAGCGCAAGUUGUAUCUAUGUACGUGCGUAACUGUGGGACAAACAAGCAAAAACAAAAUGUUGACUAGAGGUCGAUCCGUCGUCCUCCAUCGCAUCAAUGUUGCGACGAGAAUGAGAACAAGAGCCGGUUUAUGCCAUAGCGUCGUGGAGCAGGGGGGUCUCUGUGGUGUUGACCCUGUAGCAUUGAAGACGUGCUGUGGUAUGGAGGGCAGUACUAGACGCUACGCCGGGAGCAGUGCAGGCUCGGCUGCAGCAGUUGCUACGACAGGGGAACGAGACACAUCCGCUAACGAAUUUCGCUACACUGGUGCGAGUGUCGAGGAUGUUUUUUCAACUGAGGAGAAUACAACGGCUUACAGCACCUCCUCAACCCGCAAUGCCAACCGGAAGCGAUUCGCCGGCCGAAAUGACAGCGGCAUUCCUUGGGGCGCCGAGGAUCUCGGCGAAGCUACGGGAACGGUAAUUCGUACGGGAAAACAGUUUGGGUAUAUCAGAAUCGACGAAGGAGUGAAGCCAAAAGACGGGGAAGGUGAUGACUUUCUGCAGGCGAAGGAAGUGCACUUCCGCAUGCGGGAGUGCAUCGAUCACUGGGUGCUUCCGAACGACAAAGUCACUUUCAGGAGGUUUUUCUUGUCCAAAAAGCGAAAAGUUAUCGUCGCGGAAGUCCGGGGCGGCAGUGGAAAUGUAAAGCCGGAGAGGGGCAGUUACGGAAAUAAGAUGAAGCACGGCGACAGUGGUAGUUCAGCGCCGCAACAUCGUGCCUUUCCGGUUGCGAGCGAGGAUGCCGGAGUGCUGGCGUCAAACCAUGCCACUCUUGGUGAGGGAUCCGGGAGUUCGCAGCAGCAAAUUUCGGAGCUGGUUCACUUGAUGAAGAAACAACAGGCACAGCUGGAGGAGAUGAAGGAAGACCUUCGGAGAAUAAGCGUAGAAGUGGUGGAGAAGUGA